ACAGCAUGCGACACAUGUUUGGACGAGUACAACUUUGUGCCGAAUCACGACGUUUGCGACGAGCAUUUUCAGAAAUGGUCGUCGAGCCAGUCUUAUUUUUCACUCGUGGUCCCACCUGCACCAAUCACACCGCCGCAAAAUGUCGCAAUUCAACGUCGACACCAACUUGAUUACGCUUACGCGCCACAUGAUCCACGAGCAGAAGCAGCACCCGAACGCGAAGGGCGACUUUACGCUUGUGCUGGCGUCCAUCCAGCUCGGCUGCAAGUUUGUCACCUCGCUCGUUCGCCGCGCCGGCAUUGCCAAGCUGAAUGGCACUGCAGGCACCGCAGACACGAACGCGUCGGGCGAAACGCAAAAGAAGCUCGACGUCCUUGCCGACGAGAUUUUCAUCAACGCGCUCGCGUCCUCGGGCAAGGUCGCCGUCAUGGUCUCUGAGGAACAGGAGAAGGCCAUCGUCUACGAAGACGGCCGUGGCCCGUACAUUGUCGUGUUCGACCCUCUCGACGGCUCGUCCAACAUUGACGCUGGUGUCAGCAUCGGCACCAUCUUUGGCGUCUAUCAACUGCAUGACGGCGAGAAGCCCUCUGAGGAGGCAGCCCUGCGCCCUGGCCGCGAGCUGGUUUGCGGUGGUUACUGCAUGUACGGCAGCUCGACCAACCUCGUCCUCUCGUUCGGCAACGGCGUUCACGGCUACACCCUGGAUCCCACUCUGGGCGAGUUCGUGCUGACCCACGAGAACAUCCGCAUCCCAUCGCGAGGAAAGAUCUACUCCAUCAAUGAGGGCAACUCGAUUUACUGGGAGAAGCAAACCUCGCAGUGGGUCAAUGGCGUCAAGAACCCCGAGAAGGGCAAAUCCCCGUACUCUCUCCGAUACAUCGGUAGCAUGGUCGCCGACAUCCACCGCACCCUCUUGUACGGAGGUGUGUUCUUGUACCCCGGCGACAGCAAGAGCCCCAAGGGCAAGCUGCGUGUCUUGUACGAGGUCUUCCCCAUGUCCUUCCUCAUCGAGGCUGCCGGCGGCCGUGCAUCGAACGGCAAGCACUCCGCCCUCGACAUCGUGCCCAAGAGCAUCCACGAGCGUUCGCCCGUCUUCCUUGGCUCGAAGGAGGAUAUCGAGGACAUUGAGAAGCUUGCUUAAAGCUGCCCAGGGUUUUGUUUGUUUUUUGCUUGUGUUUUGCGGCUGUUGGGCCAUUCUCGUUUGCUUGUUUGUUUUUUAUUUUUGAGUUUUGACAUUACAUGGCGUAGGCAUGUUUCUCCCAUGCUUGAUCACAAUCCAUCACGUUCGCGGAAAGUUUGUUCGAUCUACUCUAUGUCUGUUUGUUUGUUUGUUUUGAAAAGGCUUCUGAAAUUGGGCCACCUUCGACGCACUGUACUUUUCAAUGAACAUGUUGUGCAUUACAAGAAAUAAACACCUGAAACCAAGA